GUGAGGAGGAGAUGGGAGAGUCUUGAUGGAGACAGAACCACCAGAUGGUUGUUCGUGUUUUAGGUGGGGAACCUUAGAGGGCCAUCCAUUCGAUUUCACUGGCCUCCCUUCGCCACUUCUAAUUGGUUUGCUAUUUUUAGAGAGCGGCACGACUGUGUUAAUGCAGCAUAAAACAUGUCUAUUGAUCGAUUUAAUAAUAAAUAGGGCUAUUCUCGAAUAUCUAUUUAAAGGUCACAUGAUAGUGGUUUCCCUAUCUCACCUCCACCGCCACAUUCAAAUAGUUACAACAUUUAUCUCCAAAUAUUUUAUAAGGAAAAAAAUUUGAAUUUUAUUUUGCUAUAUUGCGCUUUCGAAUUAACCCUCCUUUCAAAAACAUGAAAUGUUUUUCCUCAUACUUUUAAUCAAUUUAAAUAAUUUCCUAAAACCUCUUGUAUUGAUAAUCCAGUGUGGUAGAAUCCCAGUUCUGAGAAGGUCUUUCCUGGGUUCCUAGAAAAGCCCGGUUUAAUUCUCAUGCAUGGAUCAUUUACUCCAGCGGCUCUCAUAAACCAACACCCAUUAACCAGGGCUUGGAUAUAAACGUCCAUCUUAAUUCUACGGUAAAGGUCAUCUCAACAAAAACGCCCUAAAACGCCAAAUAUAGACUCUUCUAUAUUUAGCCCACUGCAUGCUGUAUGGGUUUAUAUAGUUUUUUUUAUAUAUAUUAUAUGCAUAUAACUAUAUCGUUUUUAAGCCUUCAUGAAUAUAUAAUUUUCUAAAACUGCAAAUCGACAAGUCUACGUUUUUUACUUUUUUUUUUAAAAAACAUGUUAUUUUGUUAUUUAUGUUUUAAUGUCCCUAACGAAGUGUCCCCCAGCCGCCGGCCCUCCAGGCCGGGAGAGGGGGUGGGUGGGCCGGUACCUCCUGCCCACAGCCGGCAGACACUGGGCUUCAGAGCGCUGAGGAGAGCGCUGAGGGGAGGAGGAGUGAGUAGAGGAGGAGGAGCGGAGGAGCAGGCAGGUGGAAGGAACGCCCAAACAAACCCAUCAAUAAACGGGGGGCAACGGCGGCUUCUGCAGUCCGAGAUAACACCAGGACCCAGCGGCCAGAGACGGGAGGAUUUACGGUACGGUGUCUCGAGAGGAAGGGGCAGGAGAGGGGAGAGGAGGGGGAGGAGGAGGUGAGGGAGGAGGAGGAAGGGGAGGAGGGAGAGGAGGAGGGAGGAGGAGAAGACGGGGGUCUGGAGAGUUAACGGCCCGUCAUAAAGAAGGGGGCGUGGAGGUUCGGUAGAGGAGGGAGAAAACGAGAGAGAGGGAAGGAGAGAGAUAGUUAGAGAGGACGGGAGCAAGAGACAGAAGAUUGGACACGAGGGGGAGGGAGGGAGGGAGCGUCCGAGGGAGGGGAGGAGGGGAGUAGAUAAAGCGGGGCGGCCACCAUGAGCUCCCCACUCCCUCACGCCUCCCUGAGCCCCAGCCGCCGGCUCCUGGACUGGGAGACGGAGCAGCUCGCCGCCCGCAGACUCUCCUCCCCGCGCCCCGGGGACCUGCUCGCCCCCCCGCCCGUCCCCCGCAGACCCUCCGCCAUCCCGGGCUACCUCCUCACCCCCUACCGGGACCCCCCGCCCCACCACGCGGACCACCGGGGGCAGCCGCAGCUCCGUCUCUCCCAGCUGUCCCUGUUCCCCCCCGAGGGCCCCCUGGCGCCCCCGCCGGCCCCCCACCGGCCCCCGGCCCGGGGCCCCCCGCCGUGCUGCCGGGCCCCGGGCGCCGGGCCCCUGCUGCGGCUGGGCCUGCUGGCCUUCAGCGGGCUGUUCUGGGCGGCCGGGCUGGCGGUCUUCACGCUGGGCGUGUGGGCGCGGCUCUCGCUGGCCGACUACAUGCUGCUGUCGUCCAACCGCUACCCCAACGCCCCGCUGGUGCUGCUGGCCGCCGGCGCCGCCGUCACGGCCUGGGGCUUCCUGGGCUGCCUGGGCGUGGCGGCGGGGCUGCCCGGCGUGCUGCGGGCCUACGGGUUCUUCCAGCUGCUGACGCUGGCGGCGGGGCUGGCGGCCGGGCUGUGCGGCCUGUUCUACCGCCAGGACAUCGCCGGCGGCUUCCGCAGCGGGCUGCAGCGGGCGGUGGCCCGGUACGGCGAGGACGCGGGCCGCGCCGACGCGCUGGACUCCCUGCAGCGGGCGCUGGACUGCUGCGGCGCCGACGGGUGGCAGGACUGGCUGGCGUCCGACUGGGCCAAUCGGGACGCCGCCUUCUUCGGCGGGAACGGGACGGCCGGCGCCGCCGCCGCCGCCGGCGUGGUGUCGCUGCCGGACAGCUGCUGCGCCCGACGCAUGGGCUGCCGGAACAGGCUCCUCCCCCCGGAGCGGGAGGGGGGCGUGGAGGGGGUGGAGCCGGCGGAGGCGGAGGCGGCAGGGAUCCACCCGCACGGAUGCUUCCGGAAGGUGUUCAGCGUGGUCAACGACAACGUGUUCCACAUCGCGGCCUCCGUCCUCGGCCUGGCCUUCACCCAGGCGGGGGGCAUCGCCCUGGCCUGCCUGCUGGCCAACCGGCUGGCUCCCAGGCUGCACCGGGGGGGGGCCCUCCUCCACAGGGGGGCCCUGCUCCCACCGGGACCGCCGGGCCUCUAGAACGCUGCCUCACCUCCACCUGAGCCCUCCUCCUCUGGAUAGGGGGGUGGGUUCUCUGUUCUUAUGGACCGUGGAGUGUGACAGUGGGGUGAGACAGUGGGGUAAGACAGUGGGGUGAGACCGUAGGGUGAGACCAUGGGGUGAGACCGUGGGGUGAGACCGGGGGGUAGACGGACUCUUGGCCCAACGACAGAAUGAUCAUGCUUCCUUGAAUUCUAACGUCUCUGCUCGAUCCUGCUUGGUAAUCAAUACUACGCACUAUUGAUUAUUACCAUGUAGUUUAAUUAUUUGAACAGUGUUUAAGAUGCCGAUCACUGAAGCUGGCCCCUCCCUCCAGACGUUCUACGACAAGAGAUCUUCUCAGUGCUCUUCACCCCCUGAUGGCCCAGGGCUCUUGAAUCUAAAUUAAAACCUAAAACUUAUUUUAAAUAAUUGGUUUCUGUGGUAGACUGAUGUAGCAAAGACAGUUUUAGUCUAAAGUCCAAAAGGUUGCAUGUUCUCAUUGUGUAUAUAUUGUGUAUAUGAUGCCACCGUAAUGUAGUUUUGUUAAUAAGUGUUGAAUGUAGUACAAAAGGCUGUACUAUAUAAAAUGUGACCCUGAGAACCAUCAUUUUCAGGCCGUACUGUUGAAAAUGGACCAGAAUUUACAUGUUUUAUAACUUUAAAGACUUCUUAAGUCUCUGCUCCUGAGAAACGAUGGUAUUAUCAAACCAGCUGAACAUUAUAGGGGCUUUCAUAACAGAAGCAUGAUGAAAUCAUUAUAAUAUCGCCCAUAUAGAACCAACCUGUACUGUGUUAAUAUGUAAUAAUGAACCUCUCUUGUCUUUAUCAUACAGAUGUUAUCAAUUGUUAAGUUAAGGUAAGUAUGUAAUGUGAAUAUAUUCUGUAGUAGGUUCUUUCGAACUGGGAAGGCAUUGCACCACCCACCCAAGCCAACCCCACUUUAGAAUCCAUCAUACCCUUGUCCUUAGUCCACCGGAUGAAUCCUGUUUAGGGCUAGUAUGUUGUAAAUCAAAAGUCAGACCACAGUCGAUUAGGAUUGAAUGAUGAUAAUGUAUUGGGGUGGAGGGGCAUGAAACACGCACAUAAUAUAGAUGACAUCUUAUCGAUCGAAUGCAGAAACAAAAUCAAUGUCUCAUUAUAGAAAAUGCAAGUGAAGGUUUGUCUUUGCGGCUGCAGUAGCAGUAGAGGCUUGAUGGUUUUCAAACUGUAUGAAUAAAAUAAACUGCAAAAAAUCAUCUGUGACUAUGUAGUCCAGGGUUGAUAUGCAAUGUGAUAAAUGUGAUUACUAUCUCCUUUAGUGCAAGAUGCAGACUUAAGGAUGUAUAUAUAUAGAAAGUCACUCAAGUUUAACUGACCCCUUGUGAUUCAUGGUUUAUAAAGGAACAUUUAAAAACA